UGGCGGGAUUAGUGUGUCAUGAUGUGAGUUCCAUUCCAUUUGUUUGUAGUUGGUAACAUCUUCAUCCGUAAGAAAUUUCGAGCGAAUGCAAGUCCACAUGAAAGGAUUGAAACACAUGGUGGGAAAUAGAGGCGGGCUCGAGAAACUGAACAAUCCAUUUCUCAAACUCAUGAUAUCUUGGCUAGACAUCGAAGGAGCUACCUCUCUCAACAUAUCUCCCCACUUCCCAACACUCCAGAAUUCUAUCCAUGAAAUCGAAACCGUCACCUCCACCCAAUUUCUCGAAACCAUCCUCACGAGCUGGGACCACAAAUGUCGAACCCUGGGCGACAUCCACGCGGCUCUUCGCACCACCGCCGGUGUAGCAACGUACAUCAACCAGCAGACCUCCAUGGCCACCGCAGAUGCCGGUUCCAACUUCUGGCGCGACGAUAUCAACAUGGCCCGCCUCCUAGGCCCAGCGUACCAAGAGAUCCUCCGACUCGAGGGCAAACCCCUGCCUCAUGACAUCACGCAUAAAGACUACUCCACCAUCGCGGCCCGGGAAGCUUUCCGCAGAGCGGUGCUGUUAUUUUUAGCGGCUGUCAAGAUCCGGUGGGGGGCUAGAGCGUACGAGUUGCCGCGGCAUUUGGAUGCGUUUAGGCAGAUUGCGAGGUUGCCAGGUGUGCAGUGGGGGGCGGUGCCGGAGAUGAACUUAUGGGCACAUGUGGUGGCUGCUUUGCUCGAGGAGAAAGACAAGAAAGAGGAUAUGAUGGAUAGUUUAUCUGGGGAGAUGGAAGUAGAGAGGAUGUGGCAUAUUGAGACUAUUGUUGGGAUUAUGGGGACUUUGGGGCUAGAAAGGGGAAGGGAGGCUGUCGAUGCUGCCAGGGGCAUUGUGUGGGUUGAGGACAUUUUGGGGGAGAGGGCGGGAGUCUUGGAGAGGGAGAUUGAUAUGUUUCUGGAGCGAUGAGCG